GGUAAAGCUGGGCUCGACUGCUCUGUGACAUGGCUUGUGGUGUGGAAACUCGGGAGUCUUACCUUAGGAAAAAAGAACUCGUGUGCUACCGGGAGGCAGCCAGCAGAGCAAUUAUAGACUGAGAGAUUCUGUCAGAGAGGAAGAUCUGUGAAUCAAAUGUGCGUGGAAAAAUCGCUCUUGUUCAGAACUAAUACUCCUUAUCGUACUGAUACUAUUGCUGUCCCUGGUGGACGUGAUCUGCUGUUCUGUGUGCAGCUGGAUGACUCAAAGCUGAACUAUUUCCAGCAGCCACAGCAUAUAAACGAAUCUGAUUUUCUGAAGUUCUCGGAGAAGUAUGGCAGACACUCUUUCUUAGCAGUAUCACAAGUCCAGCCAUCGUUUUCUGCCUUUUACCGGGCUGGUGAUCCAAUCCUAAUCUAUUUUGAUUCAUCAUCUGCACUGAGUGUGCUUAGACAGCCAGUGAAAAUGGGAGUCAGUGGACUCUGUGUUGAUGGAAAUCCUGCUGGCUUCCUGGACAGUAAAAGCACAAGCUGUACUCGGAUUUUCACCAACUUGAGCAAGAGCUGCAUUACUGACCCUGCCCUGGAUGCUGCCUCCUACUACCGUGACUUCACAGUGCUAAAGGUUCCAAUUGAUGGCACCGUUGUGCAGUCCAUGAAGGUGAAGAUCAUCCCAGUCGCACCACCUAGAGCUCCCCACAUGAAAGACAACACGUGUAACAAUGCUGUUUCUGAGGUGAUCUAUGAAAUAGAAUUCAAUGGCACCCAUGGGAUUCAGAGCGUGUCUGUCCGGUUCAAAGUAACCAACAUCUCUGGGAACUCAGGAGUCUCUCUGCAGCAGCACUUCACUUUGCACUUCUGGACCAGGACUCCAUCUCAUACGUUGCCUAGAAGCGGAAACCCUGGCUUUAUCACUGGAGCACCACUGCUGAUUGCAAACACUGGUGCCAUGCAGCAUAUGAGCAUUUUAAGGAGUGAGGGUGAUGGGAGUUGUUCACAGUUCCUCAGACACACCGUACAAUUUGGAAAAAAUAUGAGGACUGGCUGCAAGCUCAGCCUACCCCAAAUGGAAGAAAGUAACUGCAGUUAUAUCCAGAUGAAGUUAUAUGAGGCUCUUCAGGGGAUGAACACAGCAGAGGACCUUGCUAUAAUUGGCAGUGCUCAUUCAGUCCAGGUAGAAGAGUGGACGACCAUUCUGAUUCAGAACUGCAGUGUACAGGCUAUGAACUGCGCUUCCUGUUGCAUGGUUCCUGUUACCCUGGAUAUACAGAUACUGUGGACUAAGGUGGGCCUCCUGUCCAACCCUCAAGCUCAAAUACUGAGUGCACGGUACUCUUAUCAGUGUCACCCUCUAAAGUUCCUAAGCAUGAGCCUGGUGCCUUUGACAACUGUUGUUACCUUCGCUGACAUGACGGAAUGGCCAGAACCUCCACGUGGCCAGCCCAAAAUACAGUGGAAACUCCCAUUUGACUUCUUUUUCCCCUUCAAGGUGGUACUGAAUGGGGAAAGAAGCUACAGAGGUGAUCUUGCUGCCUAUUUUUUGUUGAUUCUAAUAUUGUCUAGUAUACUUUGCUUUUGAUGAGAGUCAAAUAGAAGAGGUUUGUACUUAAAAUUCAGUAAGUGAAUUAACACUUUCAUCUUAUGAUUCAGAUCAUAAACUUUUCCCCUCAGGUUCUUAUACUGUGCCUAUGGUAUGUAUGUGCCUUCUGUUCUUGGAUUAAGCCACAUGACUAGCUUCUGUCCUGUGUCCUCUCACACCCCCGUUCUCCAUACGCACGUUCUGUAAACCUCACUGAAGUGAAAUUCUGGAGGGAUGGGAGUUGUUGAGAGAUGUUGCAGGUAUGAGGAACAGGAAGGGGGAAGUUAAAAUGAACUUGUUCUCAGAAACCAAGAGUACUUUCUAAACCAAUGAAUGUGGAGAGAGGAGCGAAGUUCAGUUCAAGCAUUGUGGAGCUACAUUCACUCAUCUUGUUAGAGAAGCACCUGAUUUUUCUAUGUGGAGCUAACAGAACACUUAAAAUAUGUGACGUCUCCCAGGAGACCCAAAUUGUUAUUUUGUGAGUAGGCAUGUCUGCCAGUCACCUUUGAGCUGUCCUUAUUUUGUGGCUUGACUGUGUGACAAUUAUUUUUCUAUGUAUUUUCAAAUAUAGGUAUUCAAUUGAAAUUUUCUUGCCUUAAUCACUGUUUGCAUUAGCAAUAGUGUUACGUGAAGCAAUGUAAUUUGAAGUAUUGCACGGACUGAAGUGUAAUUGAAUUUUACAGUUGUUUGUUGAGACAGCUUCCUUUCUGCUCGUGUGUGUAUGUGAGUGAACAGUUUUUCUUACUCAAGAAACAUUCUCCUGUGGCUCCAGAUUGAAACAGGACUGAUAAUCUUAGAAUCAUUCAGGUUGGAAAAGACCUCUACGAUUGUCUAGUCUAACCUUUAACCUAGUACUGACUAGUCCACCACUAAACCACACUACUUAGCUCUACAUCUAAUGACAGCCACUGAAGUUCUAGGUGGCACAUCAGAGAGAGCUGUGAACAGUCUUAAAGGACAACAUCAAUUAUUUUAGGAGGAGUUGAUGAGACUAAAGAACACUGCAAUACCUUACUCACCUGUGUGUGAGUAACCUACUCAUCUGGGACCAGAUUGUAAGUUGCUAUUUUUAAAGUCAAAGGUGAUCAUUUUGAUAUCUAGUCUGACCCAUUGAAUCACGAAGACUAAGGAAAUCUGCUCAAUCAUUCCAUUAAGUUGUUUAACUACUGUAUAUUUUAGCAAAGAAUUUAUUAUUUAUCCUAAAUUCUUCAAAUGGAAAAAUCUGCCACAUCUAAUGUCGAGUAAUCCAGUGGAAUCAAUAAUAGGCCAGAAAACCAGAGAAAUUUGGCCUACCUUUGACAAAAUGAAUUGGUUGCUUUUUUACUUAAUACUGCAUUUAGCAUAACUUUGUUGCUGUUCCUCAUUAUAACUUAAACAGAGCAGUGUACAAAUAAACUGAAAAAUUCUUAUUUAUAAGUCAGGACAUCAAAGAAGAUAACCUGGAUAAAACUAAACAUGACCAGUAUAAAACAUGCAUAUUAGAGAGUAACUUCACAUAUUUAACUUUGGAAAAUCAGUUCUGAUUGUUUGCAUGGAUUACUAGCUUGGACAGAACUCUGUUCAAGUGACUGCUGCUUCCAUUGCUCCUGAUUCUGAGGCAGGCUACGUAUGUUCUAGUGUUAGAUGGGGCUGGUGAUAGUACCAGUACAGCAAUGAGCUUUUAUUUUAGAUAGGUACAGUUGAGAAGCCACUUCUAGAAGGUCUUUGCAAAGCUUUUAGCCAAACACAUUUGAAGAGGAGAUCAUGUCCUCUCAUGCCCCUAGUAUUUUUCAAUCCACUAAGUUAAUUUAUGGGUGGGAGUAACUUAAUUGAAGAAAGAGUCAGUUGGAGAAACUUGCGAGUCAUCAUGCUGCUGUGUCAGCACACAGCUUUAAUGAAAAGAACAUGGUGAAUAUGGCAGCUUUUUUUUUUUCUGGCUUAUUGCAAUAAUCCAAUUAGGCGAUUACAGGGACUUUUUUUAUUCUACAAGCUGCAAAUACAGCUAAGUGCUGUAAUAAUGCGUCACCUUACUAUUAUAAUUCUUCUUUCAUAGUCCUAGCCUCUAAUAUGUCACUUUCUCUAGCACAUAUUUGCUUCCUCUGAAAUACCCUCAUGACAGAAAAUAGAGCUGGAAAUAGCAUUGUCCAUAACUUGGUCAAGCCUGCUUUAAGGUACGCUCAGUUGUAGAUGUUCCAUACCACAUAGUUGUGGGGUUUAGAGUCCACAAUUUCCUAUGACAGUUUAUGUCGGUGUCUACCUUGUCAUGUUUGUAUUUUCCCCUACUGUCUGAACUUAAAUGCCCUCUACCAAUUGAGGAUCAGGGAGCAGUAUGACAGUGUCACGCAAGGCAACGUUCAUACAAUAAUUAGGAGACUCUUAUGCCAGAUAUAUAGAAUAGGGUAUCUUGUUUGGCAUAUUUUUUGUAAAGCCCCAGCUGAAAAUGCUGCAGAAAUCGCUCAGUGGCAGAUGCCAAAGAGGCAUGUAAACAUGCUAUUUCUUUCCACAGGCACUUGACUGGUGUAUUACAUACGCCAUGUCAAAGGACUGAAACAAUGCUGUGUAAUUCCUCUCCUGUUAGUAUUCUAUCUGCAUCCACCUCUCCAAUGUGUCAUGUUUUGAGGCUGUAAGUCUGUUUUUACACUGUCGAAGUGUAGUAUGCAAUGUUGGACUACAAACUAGGAGUGGAGUUGCAAAAAGUUAAUAAAAUAUAUUGUCAGUAGCUAUGUGAAUUAGGCUCCCCUCCCCCUUUUAAGAUUUCUCUAUGGGGUUGUUGAAUUGUUGCCACAGUGGGAGUGAUUAUUGGUGAAUGUUUUUAUUCUUGCUGUCUGAAAGAAUAUUUGGAGUACCGCUUCUUGCCUUUAUCACAGAUUUUUUCUUUUUUUCUGGCAAACAGAUAUAGUAAGAACCCAAAUACAUAUUCUGCAAUCACUCUUUCUAUAGUAUAAGAAAAUACAGGAAAUGCAGUAGAAAAACAUUAAAGGAGGCAUGUUAAAGAUUACUGACAGCUCCAUAGCAUGCUUCUGAUUUCUUCGGGCAUAAAGUAAAUGACUCCGUUAAAUGUUGGCCAAAUUUUAACCACUGUUCGCUACUGCAGGGUUUGUAGCAAAACAAGAGGUGUCUCACGUGCUGUUUCCUGUACUUGCCUUUUUCAUCAGGCUCAACUUACUUUUCCACUGAGCCACUGCAUGUUCACAUACCUUUAGAAAGAAUUAUUAUCAAAAAUAAAUAAAUGUGAUCUUACAACACGC